CUUAUUCGCAGCAUCGCGUUGCCCACUCGUCGACUGCGGCGGCCGAGGAAUAAAUUUCUCCUUCUAAAGUCCUCCUCACACGAUUGUCCACAGUAUAACGAACGAUAAUCGUGCACGAAAUGGAUGAACUAUCCAGAUAUUACCAGCACCUAUACCGUACUUAACCUGCUACUCACUGUGGCCGUGGUGCGAUUGUUUUAAACAUCAUCUAUCGCGUUAUUUUUUUUUUUAUUAUUAUUAUUAUUAUUAUUAGUUUAAGUUUUCUUUUCAGUAUUAAACAAUUGAAUUAUUCAAAUUUAAAGUUUAUACAAUACAUAAUAGUAGUUUAAAUCGUGCAAAUAUGAAUUCUUUGAUGGGUACUGCUAGAAGUAUAUUAUUGUUCCUGACGUUGUUCGUAUGUUUUUUCGCCGUACGAAGUCAGACAGCCGUCCCUAGAACUGGCCAUAAGCUAAACGAACCACAAGGUGGUGAUUUAGUGAGGCAGAAUAACAUUACGCAGCAAAUACUGGCGCAGUACCUGCAAAAGCGUCUGAACAGGGCGGGCGGGAAUGUGCAACAAAUCGGUCAGCCACAGUUGUUAGUGCCAACCGGUGGAAACGAUUUGACAGCCAGUUUCCUCGGUAUAAAUAAUAACGGUAUUCAGAAAAAUGUCGCCGAAAAUCUUUACGACGGACGUCCCGAUAACGAUGAUAACUCCAUCGGAGAUGCGCGGUAUUAUGAAGGUGAAUGCAACAACAAUAAUUGUAUUGAAGAUAGUGCUUCCGUCUUAAAUAAGUGGUCAAUGCCAUUUUUACGAUCGGGAGACAAAAAAAUAUAUUUGGGAAUAUUUUUCAAGGCUAAUUGGUACAAAGCCGCUCAAUACUGUAGAUACCAUGGAAUGCAUUUAGCUAGCAUAAGUAGUCAAGAAGAGAAUGACAAAUUGGAAAAAUACAUCAAAGACAAUGGCUUAGGUCAUGAGCACUUUUGGACUUCUGGUACAGAUCAAGCAGAAGAAGGUUCAUUCUUUUGGUUAGCCAAUGGCCGGCCGAUUGGAUUUACUAACUGGAAUGCCGGAGAACCGAACAAUUUCAAAUAUGAAAAUGGCGAAGAGGAACAUUGCUUAGAGUUAUGGAAUCGAGACGGCAAAGGUCUAAAAUGGAACGAUUCACCAUGUUCGUUUGAAACCUUUUUUGUAUGUGAAAUGUGAAGAACUAUGAAAAAAUCAUCAGAAAUAAUUGAAUUAAUUGUACUAUGGAAAUAUCGAGCAUUAUACUAUAAUUUAUAUCUUUAUCACAUUAAAUUUA